AAACUUAAAUUAUAAUUUAUAUUUAUAUAACUCCCAAUCCAUGCAAGUUAGUUAGUAACUCGUGCUGCAGCGCGGCAAGAAAACGAAGGGAAGCAAAGCCCACGGUAACCCCGCGCCCACACACACGUCACGCUUUCUUCUGUGACGGGAUUGGGCAAGAGCCCGUCAGUCAAGUAAACGUCACGCUGUGAGUCAAGUGUUUCCGGGUAUUCGGAGAAGAAAGAAAAAAAAAAAAAAAGCAAUCUGUCGCCAUGUUUCACACACAAAUAUCUGUCAAACGCUUAUAACGGUUUUACUGAGCUUUGUGUUCGUGAGAGUGGCAACGCGCAGGUGUUUUGUCACUUAGACUCUGAAGAUAGAGCUACAGUGGAUGGUCGGAGCGCGGGACGGUGAUUUUACAAGUGUCUUUUAAUACAAUUGAAGUGGCACGCAAUGCACCAUGGAGGAGGCCCACCAAAUGUGCAGAGGAACCUUCAGAGAUCCAAGUCCUUCACUGGAUCUGAGGCGGAAGACCAACAACCACAGCAGCCCCAAAAACAACAGCAACAUCAGCAGCCCAUGCCGGCUACCCAGCAACAGCCGGCAAAUGCCAAUCACCCCCAGUCACCGGUGACAUCUUUUGCUCCGUCUGCCAGUCCCUCUGCACCACAGUCUCCCAAUUAUCAAAUCAUUAUGAGUCGGAGUCCGGUCACAGGCCAGAAUAUGAACAUCACUUUACAGAACGUGGGACCAAUGGUUUCUGGGAACCAGCAAAUUACCCUUGCCUCUCUUCCUCUCCAGAGCCCAGCAUCCCCUGGCUUUCAGCCUCAGCAGUGGAGGUUCGAGUCCGGGUCUUCAUCUUAUGUGGUGACAUCACCCUUGCCCCAAACAAUGCAGCCUCAAAGUCCGACCCAGCACAGUCCGGUCCCCAUACAGGCUGUGCCCAGGCCGAGCGCUCCUGGGUCGGCUCUAGGAGUGUGCGGUCAGAGCCCGACAAGGUUUGUGGAGGCAGGUAUAAUGGUUAGGCAAAUCAACUUGGGCAGCCCACCUGUAAGUAGUCAUUUUGUGUACCAGGAUGGAACAGGAUUGGCUCAGCUGGCUCCAACAACAGCUGGAGCCGUUCAGCUAACCUCACCUGGGACAUCAGGGGCUGUCAGAGAAAGACGCCUGUCCCAGCCGCACUCUCAAACCGGGGGCACCAUUCACCAUUUGGGGCCGCAGAGCCCUGUUGCUGCAGGGGCUGCUCUCCCGACAUUGGGCAGCCCUGGGCACAUCACCACCUCCAAUCUGCCUCCUCAGAUCAGUAGCAUCAUCCAAGGCCAGUUAGCGCGUCCCAUGAUUUUUGAAAAGACCGCGCAAGGCGUUGUGGCGGCCCCGGCCUCUUUUGGGGUCCCAUCUGCAAUCCUUCCAUCCAGCCCAUCCAGGAGCAACCCUCCCCAAGGCCUCGCCAACCAGUCCCUGACCCCCACCAGCAUAAAGAAGAUGCAGCCGAAGAAGCUGGAGGAGAUUGCGCCCUCAAAUCCAGAAGUGGCACAGUUGAGGAAGCAGUGUCUGGAGCAUCAUGCAAAGAAGAUGGAGAGUCUGAAGGAGGUGUUUAAGGAGUACCUGAUUGAGCUCUUUUUCCUGCAGCAUCUGCAAGGGAACAUGAUGGACUACCUUGCUUUCAAGAAAAAGCCUUGUGUGCCUCUCUUCACCUACCUGAGGCAAAAUGAUCUUGACCUUGAAGAUGAAGAGGAGGAGGAAGAGCAGUCUGAGGUCAUCAAUGAUGAGGUGAAAGUAGUGACUGGAAAGGAUGGACAGACGGUGACUCCUGUUGCUAUAGCUACACAACUCCCACCCAACGUGUCUGCAGCGUUCUCUGCUCAGCAGCAGUUCCAGACCCAUGCCGGGGUGGCAGGUGGCAGCAUCUCUAACCCUGUGGACAUGGAAGCUUUCAAGCGGCAGCAGGCCAUGGCACAAGCAGAUCAGGCUAAGAGGUCCCGGAUGGAAGUGGGUCGGCAUGGGAUGAUAUUCCAGCACCCCGCUGUAACUCCUUUAGGAUCUCCCGGCAUUCCCCUCCAGCAGCUCAUGCCUACAGCGCAAGGAGGCAUGCCCCCGACCCCACAAACAGUCCAGAUUGGUGGGCAGAAACAGAACCAGCAGCAGUACGACCCGUCCAAAGGUCCCCCUGUCCAGAAUGCCGCCAGCCUCCACACGCCACCCCCACAGCUUCCAGGCCGCCUCCCCCAGGGUGGGCUCCCUAUGGCUGGCCUGCCUCUCUCCCUGUCCCAGGGCCAGGCCAUGGUGGUGGAUCAGCAGGCCCUGGUGGCUGGUGGUCAGCUCCAGGUGAAGGUGCAGGGUGCCGGGGCCGUGCUGGCUCCAGUCAACCCACAUGCGCAGCUGCAGGCACAGCUUCAGCAGAUGCAGUCAGGGCUCCACCUACAGAUGCAGCAGUCAGUCAUGCAGCCUGGACAGGCAACUGUGGCACUUGUGCGUCCUGGAUCAGAUUCCUCCCAACCUGCCCAGCGUUUGAUGUCCAACUCUCUCUCCAACCCUGCCAUGUCUCCUGCUCCUCUAACAUCCCCGUCCUCUCUCCCCUCCUCACACCCUUCUGCCCCGGUCCGCACCACCAGUACUGGCCCCAGCCUCUCUCCUGCUGCCCAGACCAAACUCGCUGCCACGAAUGGCACCACCGGGCUGAAAAUGUCCAGUCUGGGUCAGAGUCCAGUUGGGCAGAACCCACAGGAAUGCUCUCAGGACAAGCAAGCAGAACAAGCCAAGCUGGAGAGUCAUGUGCACCAACGCAUUGCAGAGCUCCGUAAAGAGGGCCAGUGGUCAGCCAGUCGCUUACCCAAGCUGCAGGAGGCUUGCAGGCCCAAAUCCCAGUGGGACUACCUGCUGGAGGAGAUGCAGUGGAUGGCUGCUGACUUUGCCCAGGAAAGGUGCUGGAAGAUGGCUGCUGCCAAGAAGCUUGUGCGCACAUGUGCGCGUUACCAUGUUGAACAGAAGAAGAUGGAGGAACGUGAGAAGAGGGAGGAGGAGAUGAGGCUGCGGCACAUUGCCAGCACCAUCGCCCGUGGGGUUGACUAUUUCUGGUCAAAUAUUGAACAGGUUGUGGAAAUCAAGCUGCGUUUUGAGAUCUAUGACAAACGACAAAAAGUUCUUAGCUUGCAGAAGGCUGCGAGUAAAGGCCAGUGUGCUAAAGUGACCCAGUCAUCUGGACAGAAGUCAAAUAAAGAGAGUAAAGGGGAGACCGGCCCAUCCCGAAAGAGAAAGUCAAGCACCUCUCUUUCGGAUGUAGAGGUUGAAGAUGAGGAAAGUACAAUAGAGGAGCAGGAGGCGAUGGAGGUGGCAGCUGAUCAGAAAGCAGAGCUGGCCGAACUAACAAAAGAAGCUGAAGUGCCAUUGGAUGAUCUGGUGAAGCAGUAUGCUGGUGCUUACGCAGAGGGCUUUGAGUGGCCGCAGCCUUCCAGCCAGAGCGAAGGUGAAGACAGAGAGGAAGCUGAUGACAUGGAUCCUCCAUUGGACAGUCCACAUGAUGCAGUGCUGAUAGACUCUUUGCUGAACAUGGAUCAGUACCGUGGGGCCGAGCGGAUGGCUUUUGGCCCUGAUGGGAAGCCCACAAAGGAUAUCGCUGAGGUUGCUGCAGCAACGGACCUGAUUCUCCCCAAAGGCAGCGCCAGGACCACUCUAACUAGUCGUUCCUCUCCUCCUGCUCUGCUGCACGGCUCUCUGAGAGAGUACCAGCAGGUCGGGGUGGAGUGGCUGGCAAGCCUCCACCGCAAAAACCUUAACGGCAUCCCGGCAGAUGAAACUGGCCUUGGCAAAACUGUACAGACUGUGGCUUAUUUUGCUCACUUGGCCUGCAGCCAGGGUAUCUGGGGGCCGCAUUUAGUGGUGGUGAGGACCUGUAAGCUGCUGAACUGGGAGAUGGAGUUUAAACGCUGGUGUCCUGGACUGAAGAUACUCCUGUACCUUGGCAGCAGAAGGCAGCGCAGAUACAAGAGAUCGCGGUGGUGUGAGCCCAACAGCUUCCACGUGUGUGUGACUUCAUACAAGCUCCUACUGAAAGAUCAGUCUCACUUCCUGAGGAGGCGCUGGAGGCACCUGGUGCUAGACGAGGUGCAGCUCAUCAAAAACAUGACAGAGAAACACUGGGAGACCAUCUUCAACAUAAAGAGUCAGCAGAGGAUCCUCUUAAUCAACACACCUCUGCAGAACACUCUGAAAGAGUUAUGGACCAUGAUCCACUUCCUCCUGCCUGGAUUCACUCACCCAUACCUCAACUUCCCCAUCAAACCUGGCACUGAUCAGAACCAGGACUACUGCCACAAACUGGUCAUCAGACUGCACAGGGUGAUUCAGCCCUUCAUCCUGCGCCGUUCCAAGAGAGACGUGGAGAAGCAAAUGCCUAAGAAGUAUGAGCACAUUCUCAAGUGCCGUCUGUCCAAGAGGCAAAAGAGCAUGUAUGAGGACAUCCUCAUCCAGCCCAGGUCAGCACAAAACAUGCUCAGCCAAACACAAUCUUAAAGGGGACAUAACACACACAGUUUCUGCCAAUCUCAUGUUAAACUUGACCAGCCCAGAGACACACACCACUCUUAUAUAUGUCAGCCACUGCAGUACAACACCCCAUCAUUACUGCUCACAGCCCUGCAGCGGGACCAGUGGAAGACUGUAGAUAUGUCGCUGUUUGACUUGAUCAGUAAUGAGAGCAAAUUGACCCGUUAUGAGGCUGAGGAGGCUCUGCCAAAACUCAGAAUGACCGAACAGCUGAUCGAAGAGAUCUACAGUGCACACGACCCACCAGCCAGACCCAGACCAUGCAAGAUCAAACCUAUGAGGUUGUUUCUGCCGGUGCAGUAUGGGACUAAACCAGAGGGUCAUCUGGUCCCCAUGACUAGCAGCACCACUCAAGCCCCCCGUGCCACUGCUGUGACUACUGCCCCCACCACCACUGCCAACCCUGCUACUGCAGCUCCAAGCACACAGCCCAGAGGCAAAUCACCUCUUACCACAAGCACGUCUGCACAAGCCUCCGCAAUCAGCAGCUCAUCAGGAUCACUCUUAACAGGAGCCACCCCUAACCCCACUUCUACCCCUCUGGCUGUGGGUGUGACAGGGGUCACUACUAUGUCUGCCGUGGCCCCCCAUGCCCCUGCCGCCCACCCCCUCCAGCCCAGUUUGGUACCCCAGAGGCUGGUGCUCAGCUCCCAGGCCCAGGCACGCUUGCCUAGUGGAGAUGUAAUGAAGGUUGCUCAGUUGGUUGGGCAGGGUCGUAUUGCCCAGCCAGAGACCCCUGUGACCCUGCAGUUCCAGGGCAACAAGUUCACCUUGUCUCCAAGUCAGCUGCGACAGCUCACCACCGGCCAGCCCCUGCAGCUCCAAGGUACACUCGGCAACAUCUUGCAAAUUGUGUCAGCCCCUGGACAGCCUCUUCUCAGGCCACAGGGGCUGCCCAUGGUGAUGCCUACCAUACCCCAGGCUGUGCCUGUCCAGAACUCCUCAGGCACGCCGCCCCCUGCCACCUCCAUGCCACCACAAGCAAGCACCACAGGCACUCCAGCUACCACAGACAUGGAAACAAAUGUUAAACGCGCAACAAAUGCCACAACGCAGGAGUCAAGCGAGGAAAGAAACCGGCAGCUCAAAGAGCGUCUGGCUAGUUUAUUUCAUGCCAAUGAGCGGCGGUCCUCACGCUCUGUGAUGUACGGUUCUGACCUGAUCAAGAGCUGCUCUGUUUAUGAGGGACACCCUCCACCAACCUUCCCCGCACCCCAGCACUCCCGCUGGUCUUGGGUCGGCAGAGACAGCUGUAUUAGGGCUCAGCAGACAUGUGUGUCCACGGUUGCUCCACUUCGCUCAGUGAUUCUCUCCAACACAGAGCAGGAGGCAGCAGCAGGCACCUUGUUGAAGAGGUUCUCCUGCAUACUUCCUGCUGCUGUGGCCCCUCCCCCUCAGCUGUAUGCAUCCAAUCCUCCACCAUCUUACAGCCUAGCACAAAAAUCAUUCAGGAGACGGCUACAGGAAGUGUCUGCUCCACAAAACGCAGAGAUCCGUAACUUAGCCUGUCCUCCUGUCGUCAGGUUCCCUGAUGUACACAUGUUGGAGAUGGAUGCAGGAAAACUGGAGGCACUGUCCAUCCUGCUGCAGAAACUGAGUGCUGAGAACAGGCGUGUUAUGAUCUUCACCCAGAUGACCAGCAUGCUGGAUAUAUUGGAGGCCUUCUUAGACCACAGUCAUCUCACCUAUGUACGGCUGGAUGAGUCUCUGUCACUGGAGGAGAGACAGGAGCAGGUCAAAAGGUUUAACCGCAACAGACAGAUCUUCUGCACCAUUCUGACCAAUCGCUGCUGCUCAGCCAUGGGCCACGUGUUUGACGCAGAUACCAUCGUGUUUUACGACACAGAUCUAAAUCCCAGCAUGGACAUGGGCACACAGGAGUGGUGUGACAAGAUCGGCCGCUCCAAAGACAUCCACAUCUACAGGUUGGAGAGCGGGAACUCAAUUGAGGAGAAGCUCUUAAAGAACGGCACUAAAGACCUUAUAAGAGAGGUAGCUGCGCAGGGCAUGGACUACACUCUAGCCUUUUUAACACAGCGCACCAUUCAGGAUCUGUUUGAGGUUGAGGCUGGUUCUGGAGAGAAGGUGGAGGAGUUUGUGGUUCUCCACCAGGAGCCAUCCCCAUCCGAAUCCAUCCCCCCUCACGUGGCAAGACCCUACAUCCAGGCCCUGAACACCAUCCGACUGAAAACCCAGCACGAGGAGGAGGAGGAGACGGAGGUAGACACAAAAAGUGAGAAAGUGGGAAGACAAGAAGAGAUGGAUGUGGAGGACGGGGUGAGAGAGGAGGCAUCACAGUUAGAGGAGCUGACAGCAGUCAUGGAGCAGCUGACUCCUAUUGAGAGAUACGCACUGCACUAUCUGGAGUACCUGCACAUCAGCGAGGAUGAACAGGUUAUAAAGGAGCGCUUGGAAGCUGCUAAGAGAGGCUGGGAGCAGCAGCAGCAACAGAAACUAAAGGUAGAGAAAGAGGAACAAAUGAUCCUAGAAGAUGAGCAGGAUCUGUUCACCUACACCAGAGAGGAUGCAUACAACAUGGAGUAUGUGUUCGAGAAUGAGGAUGGACAAACAGAAAUAAUGCCGCUGUGGACUCCCCCAACUCCUCCACAGGAUGAUAACGAUAUCUACAUUGACUCUGUAAUCUGCCUCAUGUAUGACACUGCGCCUAUGCCCGAAUCCAAACUGCCCCCAGUCUAUGUCCGCAAAGAGCGCAAGAGACACAUGGAUCCAUCAGCUCUGGGACGUAAGAAAAAGAAGGGCCAUGGAGAAUCAGUGAUUCCUCCACGCUCUCUCUUUGAUAAAGCCAGUCUGCUCAAAGUAAGGCGGGAGGGCAAAGACCAGAAGAAGAACUUCUCUCUGAAGCAACAGGCUCCCUUUGCCAAACCACUGCCCUCACUGCUCAAACCAGCCAUGGAAGCUGGGCAGGACAACCCUGAGUGGCUCAUCAGUGAAGAUUGGGCCCUGCUACAGGCUGUGAAGCAGUUACUGGAACUUCCUCUGAACCUGACCAUUGUGUCUCCAGCGCACACUCCUAACUGGGACCUGGUGAGCGAUGUGGUCAACUCCUGUAGCAGAAUUUACCGCUCGCCGAAACAAUGCCGUAACCGCUAUGAGAAUGUCAUCAUACUCAGAGAGGAGGGCAAGCUAAUAUAUGAAGCUAACCCUAAGAAGAACAAGACCAAGAGCAUUUAUAAGUCCAAGAAUAGUCGUCCUCUGCGCACAUGUCAGAUCUACACACAGGACGACAGCGCCACCCAGAUCCAGCUAUACAACAACCGCUUUGAGCUGAUGAAAAUCAUUGCUAGCAAGAGGAGCCCGCCAAUAAAACCACUACUGGGCAUGAAUCCAUUCCAGAAGAAUCCCAAGCAUGCCUCUGUGCUGGCUGAGAGUGGGAUAAGCUACGACAAGCCUCUGCCUCCUAUCCAGGUUGCCUCUCAGAGAGCUGAAAGAAUUGCUAAAGAGAAGAAGGCACUAGCCGAACAGCAGAGGACUCAGCAGUUAGCCCAGCAACAACAGCAGCAGACUACAGGAGCCGCCCAGCCGCAGGGAGCUGCUGCCCAGCCUCAAGCCCAGCCACAGGCCACUGCAGCGGCCGCACAGGCAGCGGGAGUGGCCCAGCCCAACCAACCCGGAGCAGCAGCAGUCCCCAACACCACUGUACUGACUGGAGCUAUCAAGACCGCUGCAGUGGGCACAAGUAUCCAGCCAGCGAAAGCUACAGUGAGUGGAAACGUGAUUGUAAACACUGUGGCUGGAGUUCCUCCUGGGCAGUUCCAGGCGAACAAGCGUCUGGCAUCUCCUGUCAUGCCUACGGCAGGAACAGCCACGGCUCAGGUGGUUCACACUCAGCAGAGAGCAGUGCCUGCAACGGCUGCCCCAGCGGAGGUCGUUGCCAUAGCGACGGGUCAGAGCGUGAGAGCUGUUACCCCAGUGACCGCAUCAGCUGUGGUGUCCACUAAUCUGACUCCGGGUCAGUCCCAAACACGCACGCUGGUUGCUUCAGCUCCCGGUAUGCAGUUCUCUCAGAGUAAACCACUCACGCCAGCUCAAUUACAACAAUUACAACUCAGACAACAGUUACAGCAGCAGCAGCAACAAACACAGGCUACAUCUCCACAGAUCAAAGCAGUAGGAAAGCCACAGCAGAAGCAGAAGCUGCAAAUGGCCCAGCAGCAGGUUGCGACGGCGGUUGCUGCAGCUCAAGGUCAGCAGGCUGCAUCUACUCAGCAGCCGCAGCAGAUUCACGCCACACCAGCGGCUACGUCCAACCCUCAGAUAGCAGCUGCGCCCAGAGCAGGAGCUGUGCUUACUGGAACUACAGUCACCAACUUACAGGUGGCCAGACUGACACGUGUCCCAGCCCCAGGACCCAUUCAAGCUCAGCCGGGUCAAACCGCUCAGGUGACUCUGACCAAACCACCUCCUGUCGUCUCAGUUCCUGCUGUGGUCUCCUCCGCCGGAGUCACGACCCUUCCUGUCACUGUGGCUGGCAUUAGUGUUGCCAUCGGGCAAGCGCAGAAAGCAGGGGGUCCAGUGGUGACCCACCCGUUCCAGGUGCAACUGUUGCAGAGACAAAAGCAGCAGGCGGCUACACAAGCGGCUGCAGUCCAGAAGGCAGCACAGCCACAGCAAACACAGGCUGCAGUGCAGCAAAAGCUGGGCACGCAGCAGGCCGCUCAGACCACUGCCCAACAGCAGCAGAAAGUGACAUACACUGCCACCACUCAACUUCAGCCUGGCAUUAAGACCCAGUUCUUCACCUCCAUUGCACAGCCACAGAAACCAACCGCAACACAGCAGAUACAGGUCGCUAAACUCCCUCAAAUAGUUCAGCAGCAGAUAGUAUCCUCACCUCAACAGAUCCAGGCUCAGCCUCAGACAGUGGCCCUGACACAGGCAGCACCCGCAGCAGGUUCGGCACAGGCCCAGGUGCAAGUCACCACCGCAGCCACGCAGGCUGUGCAACAGAAGCUCCUCCAGCAGCAGGCUGUUACAGCAGCAGCCGCCUCCCCUCAAAUCCAGACCCCAGCGCCUCACAGCCCUGCCCAGCAACAGAGCGCCGUGGCGGCCACCGUCUCUGAGUCUCCAGCACAGCAUACCGCUGCCACCCCGCAGCCCCAGCAGGGCAAAGGAAACACCCGCACUGGGGCUGCCAUGCGCUCCAAAACCCCCGCCAAAGCCAGCGGUGGCAGCUAGAGAGUCAUAGGAGGAGGAAGUACCUGGGCACAGCAUAGGGCUUUUUUUGGUUUGUUGUGGUUUUUUCAUUUGCUUUGGAAAGACUGACCUUUUGUAAUACAGGAACUCACCGUUUGACUGUCUGGAUUGAGCUUUUUACAAUUUGAAGCAACACUCACAAGCUAACCACGUCACAUGUUAAUCAAACAUCACUCUGCCAGUGGCCCUCACACUAUGGCCAGUCCGUUUCUUUUGUUUUUCUUUUUUACAGCUUAUUAACCGAGGCUCCUUCAUCAGGAGUCGAGCAUGACUUUACCACAGUACGACGGCUCAUUUUCAUACUGAACUCUUUACCGAGCCGCCAAACGCUCCCUGUUCUUUUUCUACAAUGCUACAUGCUCUGUUUAUACAGCGUUUAACAUGUCAUCACAUCCUUAAUGUCAUGGAUCAAGUGCGUUUGGAUCACAACAGCCAUCAGCUUCAUCACUUGAACACUUCAUUUGGCUUGCCGGGAACUCUUGGCAGAUCGUCUCAACAUUAUUCAUAAUGUUCAAUCAGUCGAAUUAUAUGUGUGUGUGUCCCCCAAUGUUUUUUAGUAGCUGUGGUGGUGUUGUCCCUUUGCUGUUUGUGUCAGUAAAUAUCCCUUUAUUUAAGCAUUUAAUGAUGAGAAUCGAGAUUAGCAAGACUCUGCGAACCAAACUCAUUCUUUAGGGAUGUAUAAAUGGCAAACUACCAUUAGUUUGAUACAUGUGAAUGCUCCCUUUCUAUAAAAUAAUUUAAUACAUUAGCUUGUAUCAUGAAACCCCCCUAAAACGAAUUCUUGUCACCAUACACACAAGUUCAGCUGCAUGGAUGGAUUCCAUCUGAAAACUGACUAGUGAUGUGUACUUGUGUGUGAAAUGUUUGUUAAGUGGUACAAUAAUUCAGAAUGUGAUUUAACAACAAAUUGAUAGAAAACUAUCCUGCAAUGCAGCCAUUUCAUGGUAGCAGCUGUGGGAAGUAUCACCCUCCCAACUUAGAUUUGGAAGAAACGUCAUUGCUGAAAACACAUCUGUGAAAUAUUUCCGUUUUUCUUAUACAUAGUUAUGAACAAUGUCACCAUUAGUCAGUUGAGUCAGACCUCAGCUUGGCUGUUAGUGUGUUUACAUUGGCCUGCUAUCAGUAACGAACUGACUUAAAUCAAGACUUUCCCUCUGUGUAUGUAAAUCAUAUAAUGUCGGGGCUUUCAGUCAUAAAUACGUCUUUUUGUAUUGAUGUUGGGUCAGGUACACAUGUAAAUAACUCUGGAGGGGGGACAACGGCAUUUGUAUUUGUAAAGUACUUGUGUAUUCAUUGAAUUUUUUUUUUUCAGCCUACUUGUAUAAAGUGUUACGUUUUUACACACGUCUUCCUUAUGCUGUCUUUAUUUGUCCAGAUGUGUAUUUGUAUUUUAUUCAGUAAGCUGUCUUAGAUGGGUUUCGGAUUACAUUAAGUCAGCGGUUCUGCCUGGAGUCCAUAGAUAUGCAUUCCUGUACUUCUGUGUGUGGACUUGCUGAGUGCAGUAUAUGUGUCAGCACACUGGCCAACAGGGAUUUCAGCAAGAUAACAAAUUGAAUCCUGCCUGCUCAAUACAAAAACACAUUUUAUUCCAGCAGCAAUGGUUCCACAGGUGUUUUCUGCUGCUAGUUCUCAUCUCUAGCAGUAUAUAAUUGAUUGCAGCCAUAAUCAAUUGUUAUUUUUCCUGUUUAAGAAGCUUACUAUUGACCUAAUGAAUGAAUGUCUGGUACUGCAAGGUGAAGUUUGCACAAGCCUUGAUUUGACUAGUGUUUAUGUCUUGGGUAAUCCAUAGGGGGGCGCUCUUUCAUUUUCAGUUUUUGUGAUCAUUGCUGGUCUAUUGCAGAUUGGAGUAAAGUAGUGGUGUUUGCAAAUUAAACAUCACUAUUCGUUUUGUUUAUGGACAGGGAUUUGGACAGUUUGUGCUAUGGAUGAUGUCGCUAAUCAUGUUGCUUGUUGAGCAGAGGUGUGUUAUUCCGUUCCCAAGCAAUUGGAGGUAAGAUGGGCUGGACUUCUGACUUGAACCCGUUAGUAUCCAUAUAGCAACACUGGCAACUGCACAGCAAUGCUUUUGAAUUGUGAAAGCAACUUUUGCCGUGGAGAGCACCACACGCAAUUCUUCGGAAAACACAAACCUGUAGUUUGAAUUACUGUACUGUUGAAAUGAUUUUAUAAUUUUAUCUGUGUAUUAUUUUAAAAUAAAAAAUGGUCCAUUUCAGUGUACAA